CAGCCAUUCCUUUCCAAACCAGCCCAACAACCCCACUUCAUCGCUUCUCUGGACUGAUUAUCAAUGGAUUCAGAUUGAAUCGAAUCGUUAUUGACCCUUUCCUUUCCUCCCUUCCUUUCAUCACACACACACACAUAGACAAAUACCCACAUACCAUAUUUAUAUAGCAUCUCCACUUGCAUCAUAAUGAAGCCUAGGAAUAAUAAUGAUACCAGGCGCACAAGGAAAAGAAUGUCCUGUGCAUGGUUGCUACUCUUCCUUGUCAACUUGAUGACUCUAGUCCAUGCAGCACCUCCUGCUUUCACCUCAACACCCCGCAACCGUAUCUUUUUCUGGAAGGUCACUACUACCACAUUUGCUCCGGACGGUGUCACUCGUCCCGUCAUCCUCGUUAACGACAAGUUCCCAGGGCCUAAAAUCGAGGUCAACCGAGGCGACUAUGUGACUGUGGUAGUUGAGAAUGCGAUGGAUGUCCCGACUUCAUUCCAUUGGCAUGGUCUGACCAUGCGCGGUGACCCUUGGUACGACGGUGUGCCCGGUAUGAACCAGUGUCCCAUCCCCCCUGGUACCAAUUUCACUUAUGCUUUUGGCACAGACAAUGUUGUUGGAACACAUUGGUGGCACGCCCAUUUUGAAAACCAAUAUAUUGACGGACUGAUUGGUGCCCUCAUUAUCCGAGACCCACCCGAGACAAACCCGUUCUUGAAUGCAUACGAUGAAGAACGAACAGUCAUUCUUUCAGACUGGUAUCACCAACCUACGGGUGCAUUGCUGACACAGUAUCUUUCGCCAGAGAGUCAUGGUCAGGAACCCGUGCCAAAUAAUGGCCUCAUCAAUGGGAAACAUACCUUCAAUUGUGCCAAUAUUCAGCCUUCUGAUCUUCCUUGUACCAAGGGAGAGCGCACAGUCAUUCACUUUGUACCCAAUAGACGAUACCGACUCCGCAUCAUUAAUGCAGGCGCUGCUGCACCAUACUUAUUCUCAAUUGACAACCACACACUCCAGGUUAUUGAGGCAGAUGGUACGGAUUUAAAUCCAAUUACAGUAGACAGUUUACCGAUCAACACAGGUCAGCGCUACUCAGUCAUUGUUACUGCCAACCAAGAUGUCCAAAACUAUUGGAUGCGUGCAGAGAUGGGCAUAGAUUGUUUACCCAAGACUUCCACCAAUCUUGAUCCAAUCAUCUUGGGCGAAAUUCGAUAUCAAGGAGCUGGCACUGCGGAACCCACUUCUGUUGGUCGAUUCAACCCACCACCUAAUCUUGGAGAAGGACAGGAACCCGUUGUCAAUCCGGCAUUUUCGGAGGCUUGUCAAGAUUUGGAUUUGAAUAAUCUUCAUCCUCUGAAGCCUGAGCCGAUUCUGGAGCCCAUCACAAACAGUUUUUUGGUCCGAAUCUCAUUCAAAAAGAAUGCAACAGAUAAUAUUGUUCGGGGUUAUAUGAACGAUAUUACCUAUUCAGGAAAUGCAUGGAAUCCAACCAUUAACCAGAAUCUGGAUCCGGGCGUAGUCUAUGAGGUCAAUCAACAUGUGAUGAAGAUUGAACGAAGAGGAGCAGUUGUGCAAAUCAUCUUGGAUAAUUCGCUUGGUGGUGAGCAUCCGUUUCAUCUUCAUGGACAUACAUUCCAGGUGAUCGCUCAAGGAGUGGGAUUUUAUGAGGAAGGGAAGACACCCAUCAAUGCCAUCAAUCCACUCAGGAGAGACACAGCUACUGUACCCAAAAAUGGAUUCACCGUCAUCCGGUUCAGGGCCGACAACCCCGGCGUAUGGUCUUUACACUGUCACAUUGAGUGGCAUGUCACCACAGGGUUGGUGAUGCAGUUUGUUGAGCUACCGGAUGAACUGCGUGCCAUGGGCAUUCCAAAACAUGUGAACAAACUCUGUGAGGCUGGACCACCACUGGGAUUCAAGGCUCAUACUGGAUUUGUUCCUAAACCACUGGCCCCUCCCUCAUAGGUCUCUUCACUGAAUCCGACUAGCAUAUUAAUUAAUAUCCAUACUUCUUUACUCCAUCCCUCACC